UAAACGCAUCAUCAAUCUCCUUCUCUCUUCAGGAGCUUGUUGUCUGUCCGUCCGACCGACUGUAACAAUCCUCAUGUCUGAUGCUUACUGGAGAUACAGCGACUCACGGCAGAUGCCGUCGUCGAUGCCUUCGAUGGCCGGAAAGCGCUCGCGCACGGACUAUGAUGUCUCUGGUGUUCAUGACAUGGCCAAUUACUUUCCCCGUGAUGAUGAUAGAGGCCGGCUCCAAGUAAUUAGAGAUACAGAAUCCCUUGAAGCAUCCUAUGAGCGUUAUCUUCAUAGCGCGCAAGUUUCCUCUUAUGGUGCUGGGCAGCCUCCCAGAACCAUUGGCGGGGUGGUUUCCAAUCGUCCUGUUGAUGAUUCAUAUGCCCAUAGUAUUGGGGGAGUAGACCCAACAACAACUGCAAAAGACAAAACCCUGGGAAUAAGCACUGGAAGGGCCGAGCGUCUGCUUCCACCUGAUGCUACCAAUACACUGUAUGUGGAGGGCUUACCUUCCAACUGCACAAGACGAGAAGUAGCUCACAUUUUUCGUCCUUUUGUUGGCUACAAAGAAGUUAGACUUGUUAGCAAGGAAUCAAGACAACCUGGGGGUGAUCCACUGGUACUUUGUUUUGUUGAUUUUGUGAGUCCCGCCCAUGCAGCAACUGCUAUGGAUGCCCUGCAGGGGUUUGCAGGUGAUUUUGUCUGCUCUAUUUAAGUAAUGUGCUUGGAUGGGUAAAAACAAUGCUGUAUUUGGAGAAAGGAGAUCUAGGCUUGACCUCUUUAGUUGAUUAUGUGCUUCAUUGAUGAGUACAUUCCUCCUGUGACAUAAGUUGGUUUUGCCAUCAUGUGGGAAGUAGAUUCACAACUUCUGCUUCAAAGUAUAGCACAUGAAGUCGCUGUGUUGGUGGCUUAGCUAUUGGCUUCUUUCUUCAUUUGUGGCAACCAUGGGCAUGUCGGUCAAAUUUCAAGGUAUUCACUAUAAAUCAGGGGGUCAGACGGACCAUGGGCAUUGGCUUCAAAGUAUAGCUACUGCCUCUAAUACAGAGUUCUUUUGUUGCUCGUGGUCAGACGGACCAGAACUUUUCAAGGUAUUCACUAUAAAUCAGGGGUUCAUCCUAAACUAGACCAUAGUCAUAUUGUGGCCACUUUGGUAUUAUCUUGUGGAUUCCAAUUGUACUGAAGUCCGGAAUAUCGUAGAUGUUUACAUGCAGUAGUAAUAUUUGGCUAUAGGAUAAAUGAGAUGUUUGGGAUAUGCUCGUACCCAGAAGGCAGUUUCUUAGAUUUUUGAGCUUCAUUUUUAUGCUCCACAUAUGUCUUCAAACAGAAAUUUUGUAUAAACGAUCAUUUUGGUUCCUAUGUUUCUAUCGAUAAACGAGCCCAUAAAUUUUCCAAGAAACAACCGCUGAUUCACCGCUUUA